ACCUCCUCCAUUCGACUUGUGAAUUGCUGUCUCUGAGACAUCGUUCACCUCACAGCUAAACAACUCAUCUGCUUUGUACAAUACCUAUCUUCUUCCUGUCUACCACGAUCCGCGUUCACGUGGAUUCCCCUCAAUUGCUUGCCGAGUCGCCGUGUCGCCGUCGCGUUACCAUCUCAUCACCAUGGCCACUGCUCGUGCUCGUAAGACAGCCGCCCCGGAAGCACCGAAGAAAGCCGUAAAAGACACAAAAUCUACGAAAGAAUCGAAGACCAAGCAGGCUACCACAAGCAAGAAGUCAACGGAGACCACCAAGAUUUCCCCCAAAGCUGCAAAGACAGCUCCUGCACCUGCAAAGACCUCCAAGAAGCGGAAGGCUGAAGAUGAGGUUGAGGAGAAACCUCAAGUCAACGGAGUCAAGAGAGUGAAGGCACAAUCUCCUCCGCCAGCACCGGAAGCCCCGAGGAGGAAGGUAGCUGCAACAAAAGCUACGACUGCGAAGAAAGCCAAAGCCAAGGCAGCAAUUAACAAUGCUCCUACAACGAAGCUCAAUGUCUACGUCUUUGGCGAAGGCUCCUCAGGAGAACUCGGACUCGGAAGUGCCAAAGGGCAGAUUGAAGUGAAGAGACCACGUUACAAUCCCAACUUGAGUCCAGAAAGCGUCGGCGUCGUCUCUCUGUCUGUUGGUGGAAUGCAUACUGCGGCCCUCACACAUGACAACAAAAUCUACACCUGGGGUGUGAAUGACCAGGGUGCUUUGGGCCGAGACACUACUUGGGAAGGUGGAUUACGGGACAUGGACGAGAAUGAUGAUGGCAGUGAUAGUGAUUCAGAGAGUGGCUCGGAGACCGCCAUCAAUCCCAAAGAAUCCACCCCAGGCGAAGUCGACAUGUCCGACCUUCCGCAAGGUAUCACCUUUACACAACUUGCAUGUACCGACAGUGCCACAUUUGCCCUGACGAGUGAAGGUGAUGUCUAUGGCUGGGGCACGUUCCGGUCAAAUGAAGGCAUCUUCGGUUUCGACCCCAAGACUCUGAUCCAAUCCCGGCCCAAACUCGUCAAAGGAGUCAGUAAAAUCACCAAGCUCGCUGCAGGUGCCAAUCACGUUCUUGCCCUCCAAAACAAAGGCGUCGUGUACGGUUGGGGCGCUGGUCAACAGGAUCAGCUUGGACGGAGAAUCUUGGAAAGAAGAGCCGCGAACAGCUUGAUUCCUAUGCCCAUCGGUCUGCCCAAGAAUAUCGUCGAGCUUGGUGCUGGCGCGUAUAAUUCUUUCGCCGUGACCGAAAAAGGCGACGUCUAUUCGUGGGGGUUGAACAAUUUCGGUCAGACCGGAAUCCCCAAAGAAUUCGAUGAGUCUGGUGCUAGCAAGGGUUCCGAUGUUCAUCACCCUAUCGUCAUCGAGAGCCUCCAUGGCAAAGGGAAGGUUACUUGCAUCCAAGGCGGAGCUCAUCAUACUGUUGCAGUCACCGACAAAGGCGAGCUUCUGGUUUGGGGACGACUCGAUGGAAAUCAAUUAGGCAUCAAAGUCUCGGAUCUGCCAAAGGACGAUGUUGUCCGUGAUUCAGCUGGACAUCCUCGAAUUUUGACUAUUCCGACACAAAUUCCCAACAUCAACGCCGUUUAUGCUGCAGCUGGCUCUGACCACUGUAUUGCCAUCGACAAGGACGGUAAGGCCUAUGCCUGGGGUUUUAGUACCACUUAUCAGACUGGCCUUGGUACCGAUGAUGACGUGGAGAUUGCUACGCUCAUCGACAACACUGCCGUGAGGGACAAGAAGUUGGUUUGGGCCGGAGCGGGAGGCCAGUUCAGUGUGGUGGCGGGUGUUCCAGCUCCCAUGGUCAACGGGGUCAAUGGACACGCUUGAAGGAUUGAAGCAAGAAGUCGAGUCCAGGGGGUUGGAAGGUAUAGCAGAAUACCGGCAUUUUACUUGGUUAGGUUGAAAAAAUAGACUUGAGUGUGGUUCAGGUUCAGGAAAAGUCUACGGAACAUUGCUUUCGACAGUGGUUCAUGGUCAUGCGUCAAGGGGGCACUUCUUCUUCCUCUUCUUGUACCAAUAGAUUUGGGGAUGGUGGGCAACGCUUUCUAUAGGAAUUCAUCGAGCUGAGCACGUUCACACGAGACGGGGUUUGGAUGGAGACUUGAUGGGUCAAGAAGCCGGUGUGAAGUCUAGUCUAGUUGCUCAUGCAGAUCAGGCUUGGGGAUUUUUACUCUCUGCGCUGGAUGUGUUAUUGUCAUGGUUCCCAAGAGAGUCAAAUUCUUGCAGGCGAGGAUGAGCGUCAAUCGGCAUAGAUUAGAUAUUAAUGGGUUGAGAUUGAGAUUAAUUUA